GACACGAAGCGAACGCAUCAGCGUCACCACUCCCGGAGUAGACCAGGCUGGGAUUCCCUCGUGGCCUCCGGUUGUCCGUGCCAGGCCGGCACGCCGAGCUAAGCAAUCAGCUAGCUCCAGCGCCCUCCUUCUUGCCAGCGUCUGUGAAGCUGUUGAUGCGAGCGAGGGCUCGGUCGCCAUGGCUCUCACAGCGGCGGCGUGGAUGGACGACCACGACGAGUACGCUAAGCUCGUCAGGGGGAUGAACCCGCCCAGGGUCGUGGUCGACAACGAGGCCUCCGACGACGCGACUGUGAUCCGGGUGGACAGCGUGAACAGCUAUGGCACGCUCCUCGCCGUCGUCCAGGUCAUCACCGACCUCAACCUCGUCAUCCGCAAGGCCUACUUCUCCUCCGACGGCAGCUGGUUCAUGGACGUGUUCAAUGUCACCGACCGUGAUGGCAACAAGGUUCUUGACGAGGCGACCAUCUCCUACAUUCAGACGACGCUGGAGGCGGACGACUGGUACUACCCGGAGGCGCGCAACACGGUGGGCAUCGUGCCGUCGGCGGAGUACACCUCCAUCGAGCUCACCGGCACCGACCGCCCCGGCCUGCUCUCCGAGGUGUGCGCGGUGCUCGCCGGCAUGCGCUGCGUGGUCAGCAGCGCCGAGCUGUGGACGCACAACACGCGCGUCGCCUCCGUCGUGCACGUCACCGACGCCGGCACCGGCGGCGCCAUCGAGGACGCGGGCCGCAUCGCCGACAUCAGCACGCGCCUCGGGAACCUGCUGCGCGGGCAGAGCGACGUGCGCGCCGGCGGGGGCAGCCUGGCGCACCACAAGGAGCGCCGGCUGCACCAGAUGAUGUUCGACGACUGGGGACACACGGCCGCCACCGGUGCCGGCGCGGCACCCUCGUGCCCGCGGACGGAGGUGUCCGUGACGCCGUGCGCCGAGCGCGGGUACACGGCGGUGGUGGUCCGUUGCCGCGACCGGCCCAAGCUGCUGUUCGACACCGUCUGCACUAUCACCGACAUGGAGUACGUCGUCCACCACGGCACCGUCAGCGCGGAGCCCUGCGGCGGCGCGUACCAGGAGUACUACAUCCGGCACGUGGACGGCCACCCCGUCCGCUCCGAUGCCGAACGCCAGCGCCUCGUCCGCUGCCUCGAGGCGGCCAUCGAGCGCCGGACCGCCGAGGGCCUGGAGCUGGAGGUGCGCACGGGCGACCGCGCCGGCCUGCUCUCGAACAUCACCCGCAUCUUCCGCGAGAACGGGCUCACCAUCCGGCGCGCGGAGAUCACGUCGUCGGGCGGCGAGGCCGUGGACACGUUCUACCUGUCCGACCCGCAGGGCCACCCCGUGGAGACCAAGACCAUCGAGGCCAUCCGCGCGCAGAUCGGCGAGGCCACGCUGCGAGUCAAGCACAACCCCUUCGCCGCCAGGAACGACACGAGGAAGGACACCGACGUCGCCGGCGCUGGCACGACGGCGUUCAUAUUCGGGAACUUGUUCAAGUUCUACCGGCCGUUUCAGAGUUUGGGCCUCAUCAAGCUCUACUCUUGAUCCACACUGCUGUCCAUACACACCAUGCUUGGUUAAUUUUUUCACAGGUUUUCGGUAUCUUAUGGUUAAUUUGCCUUUCAGACAGAUUUCCCUGUAAAUAUGGUUCUGGAUGAUGGUGAUAUUAGUCCAGUCUGUAAAUAUGUAAUUAGGUAAAGUUUACAGAGUAAAAAGUUGGGAAAGAAAUGGUAAUUUAGCUCCCAAAAAAAUUAGUGCCAGGGGUAUAUACUGGAAGUAGGGUAUGACAUCUCUGUAAAUACUCAUCCUGUACAUAUGUUCAUACAUGUUCUUGUGGGGAGGAUAAAAGGAGAAUACAAGAAAAAGAAAGAAAGAUCUUGUGAAUGUAA